AUGCUCACAGCCUCCUGGAUCGACAGACGCUACAAGCAAACCAUCCUGGCCAUGAUGGGAGCCGUAAUCCCUACUAUCGCAGGCACCGUCGUCCUCCUCACCGUCGAAUUCCAGCCUAGCAAGAAGGUCGGCCUGCUUUUGGCGUACUACAUCAUGAUCUCCUUCUGGGCCUGUAGUGGUCUCGCUCUGUCCCUCGUCACGCGUAAUGUGGCCGGCCAGACCAAGAAGGGCGUGGUAAUCACCAGCAACUUCGUCUUCUGGGCCGUGGGCAACUCCAUCGGUCCUCAGGUUUUCCGCGCAAAAGAUGCGCCGCGCUACUUCCUUGCGUUGGCUGUUAUCCUUGGCUGCUUCGUGUUGUUGGUGAUUGUUCUUUUCGUCCUGCGGACUUACUAUGUCUGGCAGAAUAAGUUGCGCGAAGGCAAGAUUGCUCGUGGUGAGGCGGUCGCGGACGCGACGCAUACUCAUGCUUUCGAGGAUAUGACCGACAAGGAGGAUGUGAACUUCCGAUACCAUUACUAA